UUCAUCGCCAGAAACUCAUACAUAAAGUUAUUGUCAAGAGAUAAUUUCAUAAACACUAAAGCAAUCUGUUGCAUCAUUUGCUCAGAAUUUCGGCCGAGAGCACAUACUUGAGGACUUCCCAAGAACCAGCCAUCUGAAGGAGCAAAGUAAAUACAACUUUUGGUAAUUUACUCCAGAACACAAAUCAUGUUGCAUGUAUUUAGUAGAUUGUGUUGCCAGACAGCACAUGUUGGAAGAAACUGGGCCAGCAUUUCUUAUUCCAUGCAAAGAAAUCUUAGUGCUGAAGUGCAGUCAAACAGAAGCUUAGCACAGGUAAAUGGCAAAGAGGCUUCUGCUUUCCUGCAAGGUCUUGUCACAAAUGACAUGAAUCACCUGUUAGAAGGAGCAACAAGCAUGUACUCAAUGAUGCUCAACACUCAAGGCAGAGUUGUCUUUGAUACCAUUAUUUACAAGAGGCAUGAGGAGAGUUAUCUAGUUGAAUGUGACCGUGAAAAAUUAGACCAUUUAGUGAGGCAUCUGAAGAUGUACAAAGUGCGGAGGAAGAUUGACAUUAAACCUCUUGAAGACUUCAGUGUGUGGGCUGUGUUUGAACCUGAAUUAGAUAUGGACAGUAUUACACAGGUUGAUGUAGAGUCUUUAUACCUCAAUCCAAAAGCAGAAUCUGAGGUCCUCCUGCACUUAAAAGACACUGUGAGUGAUGUCAUUGUGACAAGAGAUCCGAGGAUGAAAUAUCUAGGACACAGGCUUGUUGUUCCAGACAAAAGUCAUAUCACAGACAUUGUAUCAGAUGUAGAACUUGGUAAAGAGAUUUUCAAGUUUUUACGUUAUAAGUUAGGUGUCGGUGAGGGGCUGCAGGAGCUCCCACCAACAAAAUGCUUGCCACUUGAAGCCAACCUGGAUUAUCUUCAUGGAGUUAGUUUCCACAAAGGCUGUUACAUAGGGCAAGAACUUACUGCCAGAACUUUCCACACUGGUGUUGUGCGCAAGACGUUAUCAUGCCCUCCUAUUUCCCUUGUUGAACUUUCUACUCUUGCUUAUGAUACAAAUAUAAUUAAUGAGAAGGGAAAAUCUGUAGGUAAGGUUCGAGGAAUAGAGGGUCAGUAUGGGAUAGGUCUUUUAAGAGUUAAAGAAUGCUUAGCUGCAGAAACACUGAAAGCCAAUGAUAUGGUUGUAAAAACAUUUAGGCCUCCAUGGUGGCCCAUUGAAGCCUCAAAAGAAAAAAUGAAUUAGUCCUAAUGGCUAAGCCGAAGAAGGAAUGGAUUGAUAAAGCAGUACUUAAACUGUUCAAAAUCAUUUAAAUGUUAUUUCUGAUCAAAAUACACUCCAAAGUAAUAAGUGAGAUUCUAGGGAGACAAAAAAUAUAUUUGUUGUAUAGCAUA